UUUUUUAUUUUAAAUAUUAAAUAUUGUUUUAAAUAACUUUAUUUAGUUUCUUGGUUUUAAGUUAAUGUCUCAUAAUCAUGUUAUAAGCCUUUCAUGUUAAUUACAUUUUAUAUAAUUUAUAUAGUAAGUUAUGUUAUUUAAAAUUGUCAUGCAGAGUAAACAGUUGAAAAGUUUGCCAAAGUUUUCAAGAUUCUUAUCGCAUACAUCUGCAAGUACUCAAUAUUUUGAUUUGCAUUACAUAUUUUUCAAAGAAAACUCAAUAAAAUAUGUGAAAUCAUUUAAGUCUUUAUGUCCUCGUUUAAACACUGAUAAUAAACGUCAGGCUGCUGUUCUAAUUCCAUUGUGUAUUGUUAAAGAUGAAGUUUCAUUAUUAUAUACAUUGAGAACGAGUAAUUUAAAGAGAAAUAGUAGUCAAGUAUCCUUCCCUGGUGGAAUGCAUGAAAUGGAUGAAAAACUUCAAGAUACAGCUUUGCGGGAAUCUUGUGAAGAACUUGGAAUAUCUGAAAGUAGUAUUGAUAUUUGGGGAAGUGGGAGAUUUAUUGUUUCUAAAGAUAUAGCAAUUAUGCCAUUUUUAGGAAAUAUUGGUGUCAUAGAUCCAGAUAUGUUAAAUGUUAAUCAUGAAGAAGUACAAUAUGCUUUUGCUAUUCCUCUUAAACAUUUUUGUGAACCAGCAAAUUGCAAAUAUACAUACUUUAGGCAAAAAUCAAAUCGGUUAAUGGUUUUACCAGUCUACACUAAUGAUUACAAAAAAAUUUGGGGCAUGACUGCCUAUAUGACAUGGUUAGCAUUAAAAUCAAUCAUACCAGAGAAGUUUACUCAAUCAAUUUCAUCAUCAUUAUAUAAAAUAAAUUAAAAAAGACCAUAUUGUAAACCAAUGUUACCAGUUUAGCUAUUAAGAAUUUUAUAGUUGAAUAAUAAAAUUGUUUAUUUACAUAAUUA